AUGUCCUUGAUCGCCCCUCUCCGCGGUCAGCUACCCCGCGUUGUCCGAAGAGCACCUUUGCUCACCUCUGUUCGUCCUAGCAGAACACUCCAGUCUCACUACCAAGCCUUCUCAACAACAACCGCAAAUAUGUCUUUCAGCAACGCAGACACCGGCAACAAGACCGCCGACCCCUACACUGCUAAGAACAAGGAGCAGCCUGAGCUCAAUGAAAAGGUCGGCGAUCUCAUCAGCUUCGUCGACAAGUCGAAGUUCUGCAUGAUGACCACUCGCAUUGCUAGCAGUGGACUUCUCGUCUCGCGCUGCAUGGCCCUCGCGGCCAAGGAGGGCAACGGUGUCGACCUCAUCUUCCACGCCAACAGCGAGUCGGGCAAGACCGACGACCUCGAGUCAGACAACGACAUCAACCUGGCCUUCCUCCAGCCCUCUGGCGAGUGGGCCUCCAUCUCUGGUAUCGCAUCCAUCGAGACCGACCGCGAGAAGGUGCGCAAGUACUACUCUCCUGGCCUCAAGGCCUGGUUGGGUGACCUCGGUGACGGCAAGCACGACGGUGGCCCUGAGGACCCUAGAAUCAUCCUCAUCAAGGUCAAGGCCAAGACUGCCCAGUAUGCCAUCACCAGAUCAGCUACCGGUGCUAUCGGCAACUUCGUCGAGUUCGCCAAGGGCGUUGCUACCGGCGAGACUGCUCAGGUCAACAAGCUCCGAUACUUGGACGAGUCAGAGCUCCAGCAGUGUAAGUCUAACUAG